AUGUUUCCUCUCAAUACUUCUCAUCCCUCUCCUGUCACCUUCUUGCUGAUGGGCAUCCCAGGACUGGAGCACCUGCAUGUCUGGAUCGGGAUUCCCUUCUGCUCCAUGUACAUAGUGGCUGUGGUGGGGAAUGUGACCAUCCUGGCAGUGGUGAGGGCAGAGCGAAGCCUUCAUGAGCCCAUGUUCCUCUUCCUGUGCAUGCUGUCGGUCACUGACCUGGUCCUCUCCACAUCUACGCUCCCCCGCAUGCUCUGUCUCUUCUGGCUUGGAGCCCAUGACAUUGCCUUUGAUGCCUGUUUGGCCCAAAUGUUUUUCAUCCACAGCUUUACUGCCAUGGAAUCAGGCUUCUUUUUGGCCAUGGCCAUUGACCGUUAUGUGGCCAUUUGUCAUCCACUGCGCCAUAGCACCAUCCUCACCCACGUUCACAUCACUAUAAUGGGCAUCAUUGUGGUGAUUCGGGGUGUAGCCUUCUUUUCUCCACAUCCCAUCCUGCUCAAACAGCUGCCUUAUUGCAGGACUCGAAGAAUUGCCCACACCUACUGUGAGUUCAUGGCUGUGGUGAAGCUGGCGUGUAUGGACACAGGAGCCACCAAACGUUAUAGCCUCAGUAUGGCUACAAUCAUCGGCUCGUGUGAUGCGAUUCUCAUUGCUGUGUCCUAUGCCUUUACUCUGCGCUCUGUAUUCAGCCUGCCAUCGCGAGACACUAGCCUUAAGGCUUUGGGCACGUGUGGAUCCCAUGUCUGUGUUAUUCUUGUCUUCUACUCCACAGCAGGUUUUUCCAUUUUUACUCACCGUUUUGGGAAACAUGUGCCUGCACAUGUCCAUAUUUUUAUUGCAAAUAUGUACCUUUUGGUGCCCCCAUUUCUCAACCCCAUUGUGUAUGGAGUAAGGACCAAGAAAAUACGUGAACAUGUUCUUAGGAUACUAAUGGUCAAAGUUGCCUAA